GAAGAGUUAGCAUAAAAUAAGCAUCACACCCGGUGCAGUGAACAAAUAGAUCAUCACUAAAAUACAUGAGAGAAAGAGAAAAAAGAGGGAGGGAGCCGUGAGGAAGAAAAGGAGAAAGAAAAUAUUAUCAAAAGUUUAAGAACAAGUUAUCAGCACUAAUGUGUUCAAAACUCUCGAGAAAUCAUCUUCUCCUACAGUCCGAUGACAAACAUUAGCAAAAGAGAAUUCGACGUUCUUGAUCUGUUUGGUCAAAAAUAUUUGGAAUGGAAAGUGGAUGCUUUAGCACAUUUGAAGGGCAACAGUUUAGAAGAAACAAUUGAGGCUAACAAUCAAUCAUCUUCCAAGGAUAAAGCUAAAGCUAUAAUUUUCCUGCAUCAUCAUCUCUACGAAUGUCUCAAAUCUGAAUAUCUUUUGGUAGAUGAUACAAAAGUAUUAUGGGAUAAUUUACUGGAGAGGUAUGACCACCAACAAAAGGUUCUUUUACCUAAAGCUCAGUACGACUGGGUCAAUCUAAGAUUCCAAGAUUUUAAAUCUAUAAGUGAUCAUAAUUCUGCAAUGUUCCAAAUAAGAUCUAAGUUAAAGUUAAGCGGACAAAAAAUCACUGAUGUUGAGAUGUUGGAGAAAACCUUUUAUACUAUGCAUUUAUCUAGUAUGCUCCUCCAACAUCAAUAUAGAGAAAAAGGUUUUCAAAAAUACUCUGACCUUAUAUCAUUUUUACUCGUUGCUGAGCAAAAUAAUGACAUGUUAAUGAAAAGCCACAAUUUCAGACCCAGUGGUUCUAGCCCUUUUGUUUAUGAUCUAUCUCGUCAUAAUUUAGCCACUGAAUCAAAUACAACACACAGUGGCAUUCGAAGGCAUUUCAAACGUGGGAAUUUUAGUGGUCCUAAUAACAAGCCACAUCAAGAAUAUAAACGGGUCGAAAGAUGUAAUUACAAGGGCCAAGGGAAAACAAAAAAUCCAUCAAAUAAAUCACCCUCCGAAAUUCUCGAGAAAGACGACUUGUUAUAAGUGUGGCAUGACAGGGCACUGGGCAAAUAAAUGUCGUACUACAAAGUAUUUGGUGGAACUAUUCCAAGCUUCUAUGAAUCUGAAUAAAGACAAAAAUGUAGAAGCUAAUUUUGUCAAAGAUGCAACUCCGCCUCUUCCCAAAUUUGAUGUGUCUGAUUUCAUCAUGGAUGAUGCCAUUAUGGGCGACGCUUUUG